UAGAGAGACUCUUUGGACAGCACAUAUUCUAUAACAACUAUGUACAUACAAACAAUUUGUAAUCAUCUUUUACGUUUAUGAGCAGAAGAAUAAACGUGUUUUCUUUUGCAGACUGCCAAGCAUACUUUACAACAAUGAAAAAAACACAGAAGAUAGUGAUCUUCCUCCUUCUUUUGUUAGCCGUUGGUUUCUUAUACAAAGCCAACUUUAAAAAUACAUCUUUGUACCCUGUAUCUUUUUUCUCUGAAAAUUAUAUCAUCAAAACUUUAAAGUCAAAAUUGGUACCGCCCCAGAACAAUUAUGAACCUGCAGAAAAAGAUUUAAGCCCCUCUGAUGUUUUAAACGGCGGUGAGUCUAUCAUAUAUUUGGAGACUACCGAUAAAUUGCCGCCAACAUCACUGGUGCUGUGUGCCAUUGAGUCCGCAGCUCACCACUAUCCUACCAGAUCUGUGGUGUUUUUCAUGAAAGGACUGACUGAAAUAAAUGCAGAGGAAGUUCAAAAGAAACACCUUUCAGUAUUUUCAUCUCUUCCGAAUGUCUACUUCUUUCCCCUGCAAAUGGAGGUGAUUUUAUCGGACACACCACUUCUCUCCUGGUACCAAAAGGUUAAUCCAGCAAAAGAAAUCUACUGGGCCCACGUCAGUUCUGAUGCCUGCAGACUAGCUUUGCUUUGGAAAUAUGGUGGCAUUUACAUGGACACUGAUUUCAUAUCACUUCGACCCAACCCACAUCACAACUUUCUGGCUGCAGAGUCAAAGCAGUAUUCCAGCAAUGCUGUUCUGGGUUUCUCUUCCCAACAUGAGUUUAUCUGGAAAUGUAUGGAAGACUUUGUUAAAAAUUAUCAUGGUGAAAUAUGGGGCUAUCAAGGGCCACUUUUGUUUACUCGUAUUCGAAAUCAGUUUUGUAGUAUGGCUUCCUUUACUGGUAAAGAGGAUUUUAUGUGUGGCAAUAUCACUAUCUUGAAUCCUGGACAUUUUUAUCCUAUUGAACCGGGAUCAUUUAAACGGUACUAUGAGGUCUGGGACAAAGAACCGACCUUUGACACUUGUUAUGCUCUGCACCUUUGGAAUUAUGCAAAUCGAGGGGAUCAUAGGGCAAUGGUCCCUGGAAGUAAUACACUGGUGGAGCAUCUCUACCAAAAUAAUUGCCCUUCGGUAUAUGCGGAAUUAGCUAGAAAUGGGACCUCAUUAUAAAGUGCCCCUACUUUCAAACAUCCAACUUACAAACGACUCCUACUUGCAAACGGAAGGAGAUA